UCACAGAGCCACGGGCGCCAAACUCGAUCCAGCCGAGCGCCCAAAAAUCCGGUGGAAAGGAGGGGAGGAGAGCUCCAGAACCCUAGCCAUGGCCGGGGGGGCAGGAGGGGGGCCGCCCCGCGACUGGCUCUCCGUAGACGAGACGGCGGCGGCCUUCCUCUCCCGCUCCCUCUCCACGCGGCCCCCCAUCCUCCUCCCGCCGCCGCUCCACCGCGCGCCGCUCCGCCCGGGAAACGUUGUUGAGAUCGCCGGCCCGUCUGGCUCCGGCAAGUCCCAGCUGCUCCUCAUGUCUGCAGUGCAGUGCAUACUACCAAAGGAGUGGGAAGGUGUCUAUUUCGGCGGCCUGGGGAAAGCAGUCAUGUACAUUGACUUGGACUGCCGAUUUGAUGUGCUGCGGCUGGCUCAGAUCCUCAGGAAGCGCAUUGCGGCGGGUUGUGGUUCAGUGCAUCAUGAAGAAUUUGAAACUGAUGGUUCAAAAGAUAAAUUCCGUUUGUUUGAAAGUACACUGUUUUCUGAUUGCAUGAAGCGUUUCCUGUAUGUCCGUUGUUACAAUAGUUCCGAACUUAUAGCUGCUUUGAAGAGUCUAAAAUCUCAAUCUGAAGCCAGGAACGAAAUUUUUGAUAUUGGUGUAUAUUUCCUUAUGUUAGACAGCAUUGGCGCAUUCUACUGGAUAGAUCGUGCUCUUCAACCUACUAGAGAGAGUAAAGGGAAAACUCUAUCAUUUCAGAGUAUCACCGAAACUGUUGUCCAGGAGAUACACAAGUUUUUGCAACUUCAACCUAUUUUGGUGUUGGUCACAAAGGCACCUAUUUAUGGUGAAGGAAUCACGACAUCAAACGACUUCCAAAGGGGUUCUCCAAAGUACAUGUCAGAGGAUUCAACACCUUUGGGAUAUCCGAAACGGGAAGAAGAAAGAAAUGGUUCAUGUCGCGAAUACAUGCCAUCUGCAUGGCAGACAUUUGUUACACACAGGAUAAAGUUGCAAGAUUUAGCACAAGAACCAGGGUUUUUCUCUGAGCAGGAAAAUGCAAUCCUUUCUGUGCAUACUUGUGAGUGGGUGCAGCCUUCCCUAAACUCAAAAGAGAAGUUCUAUAUCAAGGAUGACGGUGUUGGCCUUAUACAGUGAAGCCUAUCAGUUUCUGUGCUGGCAGAUAGCAUGACUUGUCCGACCUCCUGACAGAACUGUUGUGAUCUGUGAUAAACGUAUGUAUGGGAAAUGCUUAAGUAAUAUCUCUAUCUUGGUCCUCGGGUAUUAUAUGGCACAGAACCCAAAAGCAACAGGGAUAUUCUUUUGAAGGUAACUGUUUGUGCUGUCUUCUGAUAUUUGGCAUGGCAUGAUCACAUGAUGGGACCUGACAUUAUAAUUUACAAUUUUACAUUGCUCCAGGGAAAAGCAGUACACUUGCUGUUUAACUUAACAUCAGAAGGUGAGAUGGAGAAACCAAGGUGAUAUGCUCAAAGAGGCACCAGUGAUUCAGCUGAUUCUUGUGCCCCCAGCUGGUGUUUCUUGUUCAUUCCUAGGAAGAUACACACCCUGUCUUGGUCUUAGUUGUCGGAAUGUGGCUUGUCAUUUCUCAGCCGCUCUAGCAUUUCGCCUUUUUUUAAUAAACUGUUGUUAUUCUAGUGCAGCAUAGCAUCACAUGAUGUAGUACUACUACUAGAAUUGUAGUACAAUCAGCCGGCGAAAGGGAAAUGCAAGCCGCUGCCAGUGGCAAUGGUCUAUUUCUGCCGGCCUUGCAACUGACAUCAGAUGUCGCCCUCUGUUUUUCUGUAACCAUGCACGCAACUGGUGAGUUGAGAUGGUGAUGUUGACUUGCUGUAAUCAUCAGAUGAAAGCAGCGGCCGCAGCAAAUGGGAUGCAUUGUUUUUCAACGAACCGCAUGCACUCCGAAGUCAUCAAGAUUGUCAGGUCACCCGGCCUCGUGCCAUGUGUUACUACCCGUAGGCCGUCUUCAUCACAAUUUCUGACGUGUAUCAUUUUUCAAGGGGGUUGCACUAGAGCAGUUUGUGUCCCACUCUGAUGCUGCUCCGCCAGCUCCGCGAGGUAGAUCGUCUGCCUUUAAGUUGCUGCAGUUUGUUGUUCACCCUAACUUGUGCACUACAAAAAGGCAGCCAACGAUCUUCGGACGCUUCUGUUUAACUUCAAAAGUUAAGUACUUGUGCAACGAACGCUGCUUUGGUGCGUCCCACCCAACUGACCAGCGCUUGACUUGACUUUCCCCCGUGCCCUAUCCAAUGAAUAAGAAGAAGGCCGGUCUGUCUAUGACCUAGCAAGUUCGAUCUCCUUUAUACUUGCCGCAAACAAGAGUAGAUUUGAAUUUAAUAAUUAUGUCAAAAAAAUUUAUUACUUAUUAUUAAAAUUGUGUGAGGAACUUGUACAAAGACAAAUAAUCUUAAACAUAAAAAAGCAAAACGUGUCAGGGAUAAAUACGAUGGGAUUAAAAACCCACUAUGCAUGUUGUAUGGUAGAGACAUUUUUAUGUGUGGAUGAGGCAACUAUUGGUGGACUAAGCUAGCAAAUGCAACUAUCAUAACAAUUUUGAUGAUGUGGUUUAUUGUGAUGGUAGAAAAAUAGCUAUGAUACUUCCCAACUGUCUACUACAAUGAGUUUUGUCAGGCUCCGACAAGGGAGGGGUGAUGACGGCGGCGCGCCUUCGGCUCAAUUU